CUCCCAGCCGCUAGCCCCAUUUCCCAGAGGUACAAACCGUCCGCUCAAUCAGCUGCUUCCCUUCUUUUCUUGUUCAUCAUCAGAGUCAGCCAAGUUCAGGCCACUAGGUAACUGGCUCGAGGGAACAUGGCGGCGGAGGGAGAGGCCCUCAUGGCAGCGGAGAGGGCAGAGACGUCGACUGCACCGGCGGUGGCGACGGAAUCAGGAGCAAACGGGAAACCGGCGGCGAGCGGGAAGCCAGCGAUGGUGCUGGGGAUCGACGAGAGCGAGCACAGCUACUACGCGCUGGAAUGGACGAUCCACCAUUUCUUCGCCCCCGGCCAGCCGCAGCAGUACCACCUCAUCGUGGUCAGCGCCAAGCCCCCUGCCUCCUCCGUCAUCGGCAUUGCCGGCAUAGGCACGGCGGAGCUGCUCCCGAGGGUGGAGCUCGACCUCAAGCGCGCCUCCGCCAGAGUCAUCGACAAGGCCAAGGAGCACUGCUCACAUGUGACCGAUGUCAGCUAUGAAGUGAAAGAGGGCGACGCGAGGAAUGUGCUGUGCGAGGCAGUUGAGAGGCACCAUGCAGACAUGCUGGUUAUGGGCAGCCAUGGCUACGGUGCUUUCAAGAGGGCCGUCCUUGGGAGCGUGAGCGAUUACUGCACUCACAACGCGCACUGCACCGUGAUGAUAGUGAAGAAACCAAAGCACCAUAAGAAGCAUGAACAAUUGGGGUUCCACAGAAAGGAGGCUUGAAAAAGUUUUUAAGGCCCUUAGGUUAGAGAUAGAUAUGAAAGAGGUUUAGGCAUGUGUGUUCAAGUAUUAACCGAUUGCCUUGUAGAUCAAUAUGUGGUCUCAUCGCGAACUGAGCUAAACUCAGAUGGUUAGGUUCCUUGUGUUGGAACCAACCCAAUAGGGGUCAACUCCUAGACUUGGCACUAGUUGUCGCAUUUUUCUGAAUUUAUUGCAGGCCUUGCGAUAA